UCUGUGACGUCACAGCCGCACGGGCCGCAGCGCAAGGGCAGGUGCGGCCGCUAGGCCUGCCAACUUCACGCAGGGUCUGUGGGGUCCCUGCGGCGGCGGCUGCUGAAGGAGGGCCCCAGGGACUUGGCGACCGCGGCUGCGGCUUUAGCGUCCGUGACGGGCAGCGCCGGGUCAGGAUGCGCCGAAGCUCCCGCCCGGGCUCGGCCUCGUCCCCGAGCAAGCACACGCCCAACUUUUUCAGCGAGAACAGCUCAAUGAGCGUCACCUCGGAGGACAGCAACGGGCGCCGGUCAGCGGGGCCGGGGCCAGGGGAGCCCGAGGGCAGAAGAGCCCAGGGCCCGAGCUGCGGUGAGCCCGCCUUAAGCGCGGGAGUGCCCGGAGGAACCACAUGGGCAGGAAGCUCUCGGCAGAAGCCGGCGCCUCGGAGCCGCAACGGGGAGACCGCCUGUGGCGCGGCAACCGUGAGGGGCGGGGCCUCGGAACCGACUGGGUCUCCAGUUGUCUCUGAGGAGCCGCUCGCCCUUCUCCCGACCCUGGAUCUGAGGCAGGAGAUGCCUCCCCCGCGGCUGUCCAAGAGCUUUCUGAGCCUGCUCUUCCAGGUGCUGAGGGUGUCGUUAUCCCUGGCAGGAGACGCCCUGGUCAGCGUAUACAGGGAGGUCUGUUCCAUCCGCUUCCUGUUCACGGCUGUGUCGCUGCUGAGCCUCUUUCUGGCAGUAAUCUGGUUGGGGCUUCUGUACCUGGUCUCUCCUUUGGAGAAUGAACCUAAGGAGAUGCUUACUCUAAGUGAGUACCACGAGCGCGUGCGCUCCCAGGGGCAGCAGCUGCAGCAGCUCCAGGCAGAGCUGGAUAAACUCCACAAGGAGGUGUCCACUGUUCGCGCAGCCAACAGCGAGAGGGUGGCCAAGCUCGUGUUCCAGAGGCUGAGUGAGGACUUUGUGCGAAAGCCAGACUAUGCGCUGAGCUCUGUGGGAGCCUCCAUCGACCUAGAGAAGACAUCCCACGACUACGCAGACAGGAACACUGCCUACUUUUGGAAUCGCUUCAGCUUCUGGAACUACGCGCGGCCGCCCACGGUUAUCCUGGAGCCCGACGUGUUCCCUGGGAAUUGCUGGGCUUUUGAGGGCGACCAAGGCCACGUGGUGAUCCGACUACCCGGCCAAGUGGAGCUGAGCGACAUCACCUUGCAGCAUCCGCCGCCCAGCGUGGCGCACAGCGGAGGAGCCAACAGCGCCCCCCGUGACUUCGCGGUCUUUGGCCUCCAAGUUGAUGAUGAGACUGAAGUUUUCUUGGGGAAAUUCACCUUUGAUGUUGAGAAAUCGGAGAUUCAGACUUUCCACUUGCAGAAUGACCCCCCAGCUGCCUUUCCCAAAGUGAAGAUCCAGAUACUAAGCAACUGGGGCCACCCCCAUUUCACAUGCUUGUAUCGAGUCCGUGCCCAUGGUGUGCGAACUUCAGAGGGGGCUGAGGGCAGUGCCACAGGGGGGCCCCAUUAAACAUGCUGAUUGUUGGAGUAGAA